AUGAAUACAACGGAUUUAUAUAACAUGACGGUGAUAAGUGAAACAAUUUCAAGUAUGCAUACAACGGAUGUGUAUAACAUGGCGUCGACUGAUGAAAACCACGCCCCUAGAAGAUAUAUAUGGCAAUGGAGGGUGGGACUAUUUGCGGUGGGCGGAGCCUGUAUUGAGUGUGUUGGUGUCAUUUGCAACAUCAUAGCCAUCAUUGUCCUCGCGAAUUUCAGAAGCCGCUCGUCCGCUCCGUUUUUGCUGAUCUGCCUGUCCGUCUUUGAUUCCCUCUACCUGCUCUCCAUGUUGUUUCUGGAAAACCUCGCCAUCAUGGAGGGGGGACAACUGUUCAAUGCCAGCUACCGGGAAUUCACACUGCCGAUUUACGAUUUUGAAUUUAAAAGCAUUGUUCUUGUAUUUUCCAGGGUCCUGUACCCUACCCCGUUUCUGAUGCAGACGUGCACUAUUUAUCUCGUGGUCCUGAUAACAUUAGAAAGGUUUGCUGUGGUGGCCUGGCCUUUUGUGGCUCAUCGGAUUUGUAGAAAUGAUUUCGGAAGAUCGACAUUCUACACGGAAAUCUUCAUCAAACGGCUUAACAUUAUCGUGAACUUUGCACUUCCGUUUGUUCUACUCAUCCUGUUUAAUUAUUUCAUGAUUAUUUCCCUUCGAAAAAGCAGGAUGAACGCCACGUCAAAGCGGACUUUCACGACGGACGAGCGCCGAAUGACCAUGAUGGUCUUCUGUAUGACGUCAAUUUUCUUCGUCUGCGAACUGGUGGCGGCAAUAUGUCAAAUUGUUCUCAUGGGCUUCUCAUCGUACGACCAGCUUCCUGUGGAGAUAAGCAGAUUCUCCGCCAUCGCUGACACCUGCCUCUUGAUCAACUCGGCCAUCAACUUCGCCAUCUACUGCGUCUCCGGCAAAAAAUUCAGGCAGACUUUUGUACAGCUUUUUUGUCGAUGCAGAAGUAAACCACACAAGAAACAGCCAUUCUGCGUUAUUUCUGGAUCCAAGACUGGUGUGAAUUCGUGCCUCACCCGAACUAGAAAACCCCGAAGAAGCACCACGGAGUCUAGUCUUAGCUCUAUUAGCAAUGGGACACGAAGCUCCAAGUGCACUGAUUCGGACAGUAUUCACAAGAAGUUGAGUGUUAUCGCCCCUGAGGGAUAG